CUUUAAGCAUCUAUUCUAUCCUCCUGCCUGCUUGCCAUUCGCCUCCUUCACCGGACACUGUUUGCUCUGCGUAAUAUAUACGUGCUCUCUGUCUGCAGGUAGAAUUGCUUGCUUGUUUCGCCUAUAAAUUUGAAGUGAAAUCCCGGAGUGACCGCGACUUUCAGAGCUUCAAAGUCUCUCAUAGAUUGAUCCAAAUCCAUGGCGAUAUCUUCCAUAAACAGCGAAGACAGUAGCGUGGUCUCUGAUCUCAUCUCCUUCUUGAACGCUGCUCCCACUGCUUUUCACGCUGUUGAUGAGGCGAAGAGGAGAUUGGUGAAAGCUGGGUAUGAGCGGAUUUCCGAGAGAGAGGAUUGGAAACUGGAAGCUGGAAAGAAGUACUUCUUUACCAGGAACCACUCCACUAUCGUGGCUUUCGCUAUCGGCAAAAAAUAUGUUGCUGGAAAUGGAUUCUAUGUAGUGGGAGCACAUACUGAUAGUCCUUGCCUGAAGCUUAAGCCUGUCUCCAAGGUAACCAAAGGUGGGUAUAUGGAAGUUGGUGUUCAAACAUACGGAGGUGGUCUAUGGCAUACUUGGUUUGACCGAGACUUGACUGUCGCUGGAAGGCUCAUGAUAAGAGAAGAGAAGGAUGGUUCGGUUUCAUAUGUGCACAAGCUUGUCAGAUUAGAAGAGCCAAUAAUGCGGAUACCAACCCUGGCUAUUCAUCUAGACAGAAAUGUAAAUUCUGAUGGAUUCAAGGUGAAUACUCAGUCUCAUCUUGUUCCUGUGUUGGCAACUUCCAUUAAGGCAGAGCUGAAUAAACCGGUUGCAGAAAAUGGCUCAAAUCAGGAGAAAAGCAUAAGUGACAAUCCGAAGCAUCAUUCACUGCUACUUCAGAUGCUGGCAAAGGAGGCUGGUUGUAAACCGGAAGAAAUAUGCGAUUUUGAAUUGCAAGCAUGUGAUGCCCAACCUAGUGUAGUUGCUGGCGCUAUGAAGGAGUUUGUUUUCUCAGGAAGGCUUGAUAAUCUUUGCAUGUCAUUCUGUUCUCUGAAGGCACUGAUUGAUGCUACAUCUUCAGAGAGCAGCCUCGAGGAUGAGAGUGGUGUGAGAGUGGUGGCAUUGUUCGAUCAUGAGGAAGUAGGAUCUGAUUCUGCCCAGGGCGCUGGAUCUCCUGCCAUGUUAGAUACUCUCUCCCGAAUCACCAAUUCCUUUGGCUCAGAUUCUAAGCUGCUUCAAAAGGCAAUUCAGAAGAGUUUUCUUGUAUCGGCAGAUAUGGCACAUGCUCUUCAUCCGAACUAUAUGGACAAGCACGAAGAGAAUCACCAGCCUAAAAUGCACAGAGGGCUUGUUAUCAAGCAUAAUGCUAACCAGCGAUAUGCGACCAAUGCCGUCACUGCGUUCAUUUUCCGAGAGAUUGCCAAGAAGCAUGACCUUCCCAUUCAGGACUUUGUGGUGCGUAAUGACAUGGGUUGUGGUUCGACUAUUGGUCCAAUCAUUGCAAGCGGAGUGGGGAUCCGCACGGUUGAUGUGGGGGCCCCGCAGCUAUCUAUGCACAGCAUAAGGGAGAUGUGUGCAGUGGAUGAUGUUAAGCACUCCUACGAGCACUUCAAGGCCUUCUUCGAAGAGUGCUCUCAUCUUGAUGCCAAAAUCACAGUAGACAUGUAGUUUCAUUAGCUUAGUCAUUGGUCUAUCCUUCAUGGGAAGCCUACUUACGUGACAUCUUGCUUCCUGAUGACAUCCAUAAAACUCAUGGCACAACUUUGUUCCUUAUACGUCUUGGAUAAUUAUCAGAGCUAAUUCGCAAUUGGCGACU